GAAACUUUGCAGCUGUAGAAAUAUCGGCGAGAACGGUUCGAGAUUCGCGUUGCGCGUGUUGGAGGCGAUGAGGAAGUUGCAGGACGAUGACGACGCGUUGCUACCGACUUCCUCCGCGGAGGAUAUUGUCGAUUAUGUCAAGAAGAAUUACCGCGACGAUGGUGACCUUUACGCUCAGAUUCGUGAUGGAAUUGUCGGAAGACAAGUACAACUUGAUCGGCCCGUACGCCAUUUCGGUGAAUCAGUUUACCUGUGCGAAUGAUCGAAGGGACUGUUUGCUAUCCGCUUCAAUUAAAAAGCCUAAACGUCGUAGAAGAGACGACGAUCACGGCGACUGUGGCUGCACGAACGGACGACCGAGACGAAGGCGAAGAGUUUCGACGAAUCAAUCGAGAAGGUCUGGAAGGCAACAAGAAGAUCAUGAAGAUUGUAAUUGUAGCGUGAUAUUGACUGACGAAGACGACUGCGGAUGCGAAGGUGAAGUGGCAAGAGCUGCAUCGAGAAGACAAACGUUGCAAGAUAUCCAAAGAAACGACAGGCCAGUGGAUGAAGAACGACAAACAGCAACUAUUCGGGAGCCCUUGGAAGCUACAAGAAGAAACAAUGAAAAUAGAACAACAGAAAAUAAUGGACAUGAAAUAGCCGAGCAAA